AUGCCCGCUAUGGCACGUCUCAGGGCGGCCAGUCCCUCGGUCAAAGCGCGUGAGGCCACCGCCGUCUAUUCCGAAACAAAGUGCUUCCACGCCGAGGGCGCCGUGGUGGCGAUGGCUACAAGCCACAACAGCACCAUGUGGCUCGCGAUGCAGGACGGGCGUGUAGAGGUGCGCGACGUGCACACUGGCCAAGUCGUGCAUACCUUCGCCGUCGCCGGUGUGUAUCAGCGGCGCAACAAGGUUUGGUGCAUGCUCUCCGUCUACGACGUCGUCCAUCAGGAGGCGCAGCUGUGGAUGGGGCUGAGUUCUGGCGCGAUUGAGGUUUACACAGAAAAGUACCAGCUGCGCCGGCAGCUCAGCAAGCACCUCUCCGGUGUGUACUGCCUCGCCCAGUACCGCGGCGAAGUUGCCUACGCGGGCUCGAGCGACUUCACCAUCACGCAGUGGCGCGUCGCGGAUGGGCAACUGCUGCGCGUUCUGACAGGACACAGCAACUACGUUCGUUGUCUCUACGCCGAAGGCAAUGCCCUCGUGAGCGGAUCGGACGACAGCACGGUUCGCGUCUGGGAUACCGCCAGCGGCGCGUUCCUACAGCAGUAUAGCCACCUGCACCACGAGAGCGGCGGCGUCUCGGCACUCUGCCGUGUGGGGACGGCAAUGUGGUCAGGCGACCAAAGCGGCGUGAUUGCGGUGUGGCGGCUGAAGGAUGGCGAGGUGCUGCUCGUGUGCCGCCAGGUGCAGGGGCGUGUCAUGUCUCUCCGCAAGGUGGGGGCGCGGGUGUACGCCGGUAGUGCUGAAGGCUGUAUUUACGUCUUCAACGCAGGGGACUGCACGGUCGUGAAUCGCCUCCAUGAUCACGUGGGCAGCAACAUCUCCGCCAUCGCCUGCGCCGUUGAGGUGAACCGCUACUUUGUGUGGUCUGGAAGCGCAGACAACACGAUACAGUGCUGGCACCACGAUGAGCACCAGCCUAUGACAGCAGAGCGCGAGGGAGCUUUGGACAUGCAGUGGUAUUACACGACACAGCUGCCGUACCUGCAGGCAAACGAGGCGCUGCUGGAGCAGCAGCGAGAGCUGGCGGAGCUCCUGGUCCUCUCCAGCGGCUCCGACGACGUUGUGCGUAGUUUCUUGGACAGCCUAGGAGAAGGCCGUGAGACGGCUGCCGCGCGGUACUGGCUCCUGGAUGGUAAGGUAAAGCAGAUGCAGAAGCGGUACGACACAACGGAGCAGGCGACGUGCGCGAUCGACGCUGCGGUAGAGCGGAAGACGCACACGUUGGAAGUGCUGCGCCGACAGCUGGCUCGCUUGACGGAAGCCCUCAACAGUGCCAGACAGCGGCCGCCGGUGCCUGCCUCUAGUGCCGCCGCCGCUUCAGCCGUGCCGGGAGGAGCAUCAGUCCCAACCCCCCCAACUGUUACUGGGCCCCCCGCAGUGCUUGCCAAGGUGGCGCCACCCCUGGUCACCGCUCCGCCGCCACCAGAUGCGUCGGCGUUGUCCACAUCGUCACCUCUAGGCACCGCCGUGCCGCCGCGGCCCUCUACGUUUGUUUCUGCUCUCCCCUGUGCUCCUCCACCACCCCCGCUGCAGACGACGGUGGCUGCUACCCCGCUGCCACCGCCGCCGCCGCCCAAGGUGCCCGCGCCUGAGCGCACCUCCUCCUCGCCUUAUAUUGUCACGGAGGCACAGGUGACCCUCAGUCGCAGUUACGAACCGGUGCUCAGCUCCCUGCCUCCACUGCCGAAAGCGGCGGUCCCCCCUCCACCUACCCAUGGCAUGGGAACCCUUGGCGAGUUGCCCGCAAAAACCACUGCACCACCGCUGACUCGCCGGAUGUCAUUUUAG